CAAGAAAGAAAGAAAUAAAAAACCUACUACAGUCUACAGCUACAGCUACAGCGGCAGCAGUUGAGCUGAGAGAGAAGUGUGAGAGAAACCCAGAAACCAAGAAUGGAAAAGUAACAACACGUUCACUUACUCUCAUCUCUUCUCCUCUGCUUUCACAUUUGCCCUUCCUCUCGGAGCUUCAUUCUUCCGCCUCUCCCUACUACAAAAGGUUGUUGGUGUGUUUUUUUCCCGAAGGUUGAGAAUUUAGGGAAAGAAUGUUGGAGGGUUAAGAGAUUUUCCCGAAUGAGGAUUUCUCACUGAAAUUGGAACUGGGAGUGUUUUGAUCUAAAUCCCAGUCGUCUUUGUAUUGAUUAUCCUGAGGACUAGCGAAACUGUGCUGGUACUGAGGCUGCUCCAACACAAGAGCAGUAGUGCAUCAUCUAUUUCAUUACUGAAUUCUUAUUCAAGAUAUUAGCUCCAAGAUGAACGAGAACAGGCAAACCGACUUGCAUUAUGCCAAUACUGGCUUUCCUUACACCGCCACAGAAAGCUUUAUGGAUUUCUUCCAAGUGCCAGUCAAUUACGCACAUACUGGACCACUUCAUGAUCACGACAAUUCAUACUGGUCGAUGAAUAUGAAUGCCUAUAAAUAUGGAUUUUCUUCUGGACCAGAGAGCACUUCUUAUUACGACCAUUAUGAGGUGAAUGAUAAUUUACCAGCAGUGGAUGUUACCAGGAGAGCUUGGGAGUACCCUUCUGUGGCAAAUGCCCAAGAGCCCACAACAGAAGUGCAUUCUCAAGAAGAAACAACGGUCACAGAUGUGCACACUAUACCUGAAGAGUGCAUAUCAGACAAUCCAGGAAGCACUAGUCCCCAGGGCCUCUGGCAGGACGAUAUCGAUCCGGAUAACAUGACCUACGAGGAACUGCUGGACCUAGGCGAGGCAGUUGGAACUGAAAGCAGAGGCCUUUCCCAGGAACUCAUCAGCAUGUUGCCAACAUCAAAAUGCAAGUUUGGGAGUUUCUUCUCGAGGAAAAAGUCCGGAGAGAGAUGCGUGAUAUGCCAGAUGAGAUACAAACGAGGGGAGAAGCAGACAAAGCUGCCUUGCAAACACGUUUACCAUUCUCAAUGCAUCACCAAAUGGCUUGGAAUCAACAAGGUCUGUCCCGUAUGCAACAAUGAAGUCUUUAGCGAAGAAUGGCGGCACUAGAAUAUCAGCCUGAUGGAGCUCAGGCUGCCUUGGUCUUUCAUCAAUCCUCUUUUUCUUAGGUUUUCUCCUUUUCUUUUUGUGGAUGUAUUGGUUUUGUUUUUCCACACGUAGAGUUCAGUGAAGAGAGAGUAGUAAAAGGCGAUGUUCUCUUUCUUCCCCCUAUAUAGGAAGUUCUUUUUUGGGUAAAGGUAGUUGACUCCAUUGUCAAUCUGAGGUUGAGGAGUUAUUAAGCCAGGUACGGAAGAGGCAGCAAAAAGCCAAACCGGGAAGAGUAGAAAUAUGGAGAAUCAGAAAGAGCGGUCAUUUGUGUACCGUCCCCCUGAUCAAGUACGGAUUUUGCAGGAGUAUAAUAUAUAUAUAUUUAAAGCUUGUCAUUCUGCUAUCUUGUUGCUGUUGGAGCUGCUUGGUACUUCUUUCGGUGUUGUAAAUGGAAAAUGUAAGGGAGCUUCUUUUUCCUUCCUCCCCAUCCUCCCCACUCUUCAUUAGCAAAUCGGUGAACCAGACUAUGUUGCACUAUGAAGCGUGCGUACAAAUUCAUAGGCAAGCAGCUGGCGUA